UAAAUCAUACAACAAACUUGCAAAUAUUGUCUAUUAUUUGUCUUAUUAUUAUUUGCAAUGGCUUUUGUGUGGGCAACAUUCAUUUUGGCUCUAAUUUUAUUAUUCAUUUUCUAUGAGUUACUAAAUAUCAAAAACAAGAAAAAACUUCCUCCUGGUCCAAAAGGCAUUCCAAUAUUAGGACAUCUCCAUCUUUUAGGUGAAAAUCUUACUCAUGAUUUACACAAAUUUUCUCUAAAAUAUGGUCCUAUCAUCUACAUGAAAUUUGGAUUGGUACCAACUUAUGUUAUAUCUUCCCCUGAAUCAGCAGAAAAAAUUCUCAAAACUUAUGAUCAUAUUUUUGCUAGUAGGCCUCAUAACGAGACCGCUCAAUACAUAUCGUAUGGCCAAAGGAAUUUGAUUUUCUCAAAGUAUGGCGCGUAUUGGCGUAACAUGAGAAAAUUGUGUACGGUCCAUUUGUUGAGUAACAUGAAGAUUAACUCAUUCCAAUCUACUAGAAGUGAAGAAAUUGCCAUUAUGAUCAAAUCGAUCAAAGAAAUAGCUCAAGGUCGUCGUGUUGAUGUUGAUCUUAGUGCUCAAGUGUCGAAGUUGAGUGCCAACUUGAGUUGCUUAAUGGUUUUUGGGAAAAAGUUCACGGAUGACGAUUUGGACAAAAGGGGAUUUAAGUAUUUAGUUCAAGAGGUUACAACUCUAGCUGCAACACCAAAUCUUGGUGAUUUUUUCCCUUUUCUUGGUGUUAUUGACCUCCAAGGACUCACACGUAGAAUGAAGGACACUUCUAAGGUGCUUGAUCCAUUUGUAGAGAAGAUUAUUGAUGAACAUGUCAAUGCUAAGGACCACAAGAAAAAUAAAGACUUCGUAGACACUAUGAUGGAAAUUAUGCAAUCUGGUGAAGCAGAGUUCCAGUUUGAUCGUCGCCAUGUCAAAGCUGUCAUGUUGGACAUGCUUGUGGCAUCAAUAGAUACAUCAUCAAGUUCAAUUGAAUGGAUGCUGUCAGAGCUUCUAAGAAAUCCAGACAUAAUGAAGAAACUCCAAAAAGAAUUAGAAGAAGUAGUAGGCCUAAACAGAAUGGUACAAGAAUCAGACUUAGAAAACUUAAAAUACUUAAACAUGGUAUUUAAAGAGUCAUUUAGGCUACAUGCUGCUGCCCCAUUACUACUUCAUGAAGCCAUGGAAGAUUGUAUGGUAGAUGAUUUCUAUAUCAAAAAAGGAUCACAAGUUAUUGUCAAUGCAUACACUAUUCAUAGGGAUCCUAAUUUUUGGACUGACGCUGAUAAGUUUUUGCCAGAGAGAUUUCUUGAAAGUAACGUAGAUGUUCGUGGACGUGAUUAUCAACUUUUACCAUUUGGUUCUGGCAGAAGAAGUUUCCCCGGGAUGCAAUUGGCAUUAAUUAUUGUUCGUCUUGUUGUAGCACAAUUGGUUCAUUGCUUUGAUUGGGAACUCCCAAAUGAGAUGCAGCCUAAGGAUUUGGACAUGACUGAGCAAUUUGGUAUAGUUACAGGCAGGGCAAAUCAUUUGAUGGCUGUUCCAACUUAUAGGCUACAACACAACUGAUUUUGGGAAAUUGGUUUUGAUAUAUAUCUAAUUAUAAUAUGACGUUUGACUUUUUAUUAUAGUGUAUUUUUUUUUUAGUUAUUUUGAUUAAGUUCUUCUUAGUAUGCACUUGUAAUAGUACGGGAAAGGUCACUACAAUAAAUAUUUCAUUGUUUUUGCUACUUCCAAUAAAAAAAUAUAUACAAUAUU